GCCCCUCUAUUGCUGCCAACUCCCAGUCAGGUCGCUUGAUGGAAGCCCGACAACAGUGCAAUGUCACGGCGCACUAUCGGCGGCGGAAGGGUUCUGGGAAGUAGCAGAACUCUUGGGCCUCCCGCUCCUCCUCCAAAGUCUACGUCGCCUCUCCCCAGUCAUGUUCUAUCUCCCUCCGACUCGAGCCUGUCCCUGAAUACCUCUGAGAGCGGCACUUCGACCCCUCCGUCGUCUGAUCCCCAAGACAUCGUCUCGCGAGUAUCACUCGACCAUGGUGCACCCGAUCUAUCUACGGCGGCGGCGGCGGCUGCAACAGACCGCUUGGUCUGUCCCAUCUGCAACGAGGAAAUGGUCACCUUACUACAACUGAACAGGCACCUGGACGAUGUGCAUGAAGAGAUUGAAGAAGAGCAGCAAGAUGAGGUCAAAGAUUGGUUCAAACAACAAAUGGUGAAGGCGAAGAGAUUCCAGCCGUUGGCGGUGCUGAACCAGAAACUCAAGGGGUUGGAUGUCUUUGAGUCGAACCACGACAUCGUCCGAAGCAGUACGCCAACACCCAGGAGUGAGUCCGUCUCGAGAGAGCCCAGGGACUCUCCUGCUCCGCCGUUGCCUCCAAAGCCCCCGCAGUCAGUCCUCGAUCCGGACGACAUCAUCACGAAGCAACACUGGCAGAGGCGGACGGCUUACGAUGUGUGCUCCGAUCCAACAUGCGAGAAGAGGCUGGGUACCGCUGUGGGAGCCGUCAACUGUCGACAUUGCGGCAAGCUCUUCUGCGAAGAGCAUACAAUGUAUCAGAUGAAGCUGUCUAGAUCUGCACAACAUGAGCCUGUCCGAGGGCUCUGGUAUCGAGUAUGCGAGACGUGCUACAAAAGCCGUGAGGGUUACAUGGACAGGCAUGGUCUAGAAAGAGACAGAAUGGGAGAGUUUGAAAGUGUCAGACGAAGCAAGCUCAGUCAUAAAGAGAUGGAGGUGUCUAGGCUGGAGAAAAGGCUGUCCAGGUUGACGCAAAUACUUGCCAACCCACCAGACGAGAUCCCGCAGCCAACUCAUAACAAGAGAUGGUCAUUAACCUGGGUCCCAACCGAUCCCCGAAAAACUCUGGAGCAAAGCAUCGUGCCCUGGCAGAAUGACGCUGACGUUCAAAGAUGUCCGUACUGCCAGCAAGACUUCAGCCAGUACUCUUUCCGCCGACAUCACUGCAGGACAUGUGGGAAGGUCGUCUGCGGAGAUGCUGCUACUGGAUGUUCGACGGUCAUCGGCCUCGAUGUUGCUACGACUAACACCCACCUCACCAUCACAGAAAAACCUGCGCCCAACGAUGUCGUCGCUGUGGACGUCCGCCUCUGCAAAGAGUGCAAUCAAAUGAUCUUCUCCCGCAGGGACUUCCAAGCCUCCCUGACCUCGCCCUCCAUCGAGGCGUUCACCCGAUCGUACACUAAUCUUCUUCAAUUCGAACGGGGUAUCCGGCUCCUGCUCCCCAAAUUUCAGAAACUCCUCCAAGCCCUGCAAGACCCUGAUCAUCCCCCAGCAUCAAGUCAAAUCACCGACGCCUCGCGAACACGCAAGCGACUGAUGGACUCAUUCACCCAAUAUGAUACCGCAGCGCGACGUAUACGGGACAUGCCCAGCCAGUCGCCGACACAAUUAAAACUCCAGAAAGCCAUAUACCAGAACGCCACGCAGUUUCUGCAUCUCCAUAUGCUCCCUCUAAAGUCGCUCCCGAAGGUGCUCAAGCACGCCACACCUCAUGGCAGCAGCACAAAACCAGUUGACUUGCACAGCAACCCUAACCCUCGCGCUUCUUUGGCGAUCUUGAAUGGCUCCCGCCACGCAAGGAAAGACUCGUCGUCCGCCCUCAGCGUCGCGUCCUUCGCCACGUCCAACUCCGCACGGAUCUCCGAACUCGAAGCCGAAGAAAAGUCCCUGCGCGAGCGGCUGAUUGUGCUCGAAGAACAGAGAUUCCUCGUGCAAGAAAUGAUCGCGGACGCGAAUCGGCGCCGGAAAUUCGACGAGGUGGCCGCCCUGGCGGGGAACGUGGAGGAUUUAUCCGCCGAGAUCGACGCGGUGGGGAAACUGGUGGAAGGCGUCCGCGGAGAGUUUGAGGGCCUGUACACCGGCACCGGCCUGGGGAGCGGCGUGAACAGUCCCCAGCGCAAGAAUUCAGACCUCGGCGCCGCCGACAAGGGAGCAGGGAUGGGGAAGAUGAAGAGCGUUGAGAAUGGAUGAAGUGGGGGAGAGAACACUGCGCUCACCCCAAGACCUAUCUGCCUACCUAUCUGCCUGCCUGGGUGUUUAGGUACCUAGAUAUCUAGGUAUCUACCUGCAGUGGUCGGGUGCUUGAAGCGAGGAAGCUUCCACUUCCGUGGUAGGGAUUCCAUCCCACGAACCGUAACGUUAUAACGAGACUCUGUUUUUCCGCACUUCGCGUCGUUGUGGUUUCCUCCACUCGGUCAUGCUAUACAUAAGGAAGAGAAGGCAUAGCAUUCGAGAAGUGGCUAUAAUAGAACUGCAUGAAUCCGAAUGGGAAUCCCGAUAACAAUAUUACGAGCUAUUCAUGACUGAAACGAUGCGAUGG